AACAACAAAGCAUACCCGAAAAUGAAACAUUUAAGCUUUUCUUUUUCCGUCAUUACUGUCAUUGCUCUUUUAUUUUCACUUGCACUUUCUUCAGCAGAUUCUCAUGAAAAUUUUCUUCAAUGUCUUUACAAUCAUCCCGAAAACACCACCUCAAUCUCCAGCAUUGUUUACACUCAAACCAACUCUUCGUACUCCUCUGUCCUAGAUGUUUCCAUCCAAAAUCUUAGGUUCUUCAACGCAACCUCAAAACCCGUGGUCAUCGUAACUCCACUCGUUGUUUCCCAUGUUCAGGCCACCAUAAUCUGUGCCCGAAAACAUGGCUUGCAGAUUCGAACCCGAAGCGGAGGUCAUGAUUACGAGGGUCUCUCGUACGUUGCUGGAGUUCCAUUUGUCGUCGUUGAUCUCAUAAAGAUUCGAGAAAUCGAAGUUGACGUAGAAAACAACACUGCAUGGGUUCAAGCUGGGGCAACCCUCGGGGAACUUUACUACAAGAUUAGUCAGAAAAGCAAAACACUAGGGUUUCCAGCAGGUGUGUGCCCCACUGUGGGCGUUGGGGGCCACAUUAGCGGUGGUGGCUAUGGAUUCAUGAUUCGUAAAUACGGUCUUGCUGCUGAUCAUGUAAUUGAUGCUAAGAUUGUUGACGUCAAUGGUAAUCUCCUUGAUAAAGAAACAAUGGGCGAGGAUCUAUUUUGGGCCAUUAGAGGCGGUGGUGGAGCAAGCUUUGGAGUUAUGGUGGCUUGGAAGAUAAAACUAGUUUCAGUUCCAUCAAUUGUGACAGUGUUUCGAGUCUCAAGGACGUUGGAAGAAAAUGUAACGGGGAUUAUUCAACAGUGGCAGCGUAGGGCAAACAAACUUAACGAGAGCCUAACCAUUAGGGUCAAAAUAGGAAGGGUAAAUUCAAGUAAAAGUGGGAAUCUAACUGUUGGAGCACAGUUUGAAUCCUUGUAUCUGGGACGUAUAGAUGACCUCAUUCCCUAUAUGCAAAAGAGCUUCCCGGAGUUGGGUUUGGUGAAAAAAGACUGCACUGAAAUGAGUUGGUUAGAAUCAAUUCUCUUCAUGGAUGGAUUGACAAACGGUCAAUCUACCAAUGCUUUGCUGAACAGAACUCAAAACGGUUUGUUUUUCUUCAAAGCAAAAUCUGAUUACGUGAGAGAUCCUAUUCCAAAUGUUGGGUUAGAAGGGUUAUGGCCUUUCUUACAUGAAGAUGUGGCUAAAGAUGCUUACAUUCAAUUCACUCCUUAUGGAGGCAGGAUGGAAGAAAUUUCAGAAUCCGAAACUCCAUUCCCACACAGAUCUGGCAACUUAUUCCACAUUCAAUACAUUGUGUUUUGGCAAGAAAAAGGGGAUGUGGCAGCACAGAGGCACGUGAACUGGAUUAGAAGAUUGUACAAUUAUACGGAAGCUUAUGUUUCAAGGAAUCCUAGAUCUGCCUAUCAGAAUUAUAGAGACCUUGACAUCGGAGUUAAUAACAAUGGUUACACAAGCUACAACCAAGCCAGCAUUUGGGGCUUUAAGUAUUUUGGUAACAACUUUAACAGAUUGGCUCGCGUGAAGACCAAGGUUGACCCUCGAAACUUCUUCAGGAACGAACAAAGCAUACCUUCUCUUAUAUCGAAGGGACGAAAGUAGAUUUGUU